AUGAAAGACAUUUUAAUGAUUUAACUGAAGUCAAAAAAGAUUUAGAAAGAAAUAUUAAUUUAGAUUUUUUAUAAUUAGGAAGCAUUGAAAAAAGAUGACCACCUCCAGUAUUGUAAUAAAUUAGAUAAACUCAACCUGUUGUUAAAAAAGUAUUGAAAAUUCCCAAAAUUGAAAGAGAAGUCUAAAGAAUAGAAACAAAAAAAAAAUUCUUAAUGAGAAGAAGAAAAACAAGUGGUUUUAAGAUAUCAAUGUUUGGAUUUUGUUUAGCAGAGUGGGUUGAAUUUAAUUUUGUAGCUUUCGGUAGAUAUCGAAUAAUACUACAAUGAAUANUUAUUUUAUAUUUAAAGAAGGUGAAUAAGGAGACAAUUUUUAUUUUAUUAUAAGUGGACGAGUACAAGUAUUAAAAGAUUUCAAUCCAUAAGAUUUAUAAGCAUCAAUUUUUGAUAAUGAAAUAAAAUAAUUGUCAAAUUUUGAGACUUUUGGGGAGAGAGCUAUGGAUUCUGAUGCACUUAGAACUGCUUCAGUUAGAGCUAUUGAAAAUACUCAUUUAGCAUAUUUAAAUAAGGAUAGUUAUUAAAUAAUAGCUAAAAGUGUUAAAAAUCAUUUAAAGAAAGCAUAUUUUGAAGAAUUUGCAAAUUUAGACUUUUUUCUUAAUUGGAGAUUUUAAGACAUAAAGGUGUUUUAUGAUAGGACAUAUGUAAAAAGAUGUUCAAUGAAUGCUACUGUAUAUAAAGAAGGGGAUCCAUUAGAUUAUGUAUACAUAAUUAAAAAAGGAGAGUUUAAGAUAGUCAAAAUAAUAAAGACAUCAACAAUAGAUUUAAAUGAAAUGUUUAAAGGUGAUUUUGAAAAGAUUUUAUGUGGUAUGAGUACUUCUAAGACUUAUACUAUCUCUGAAAGAUUAGAAGCUAGAUUUUAAAGUAAAAAAUAUGGAAAUAUAUAUUAUUUAGAAAAGAAAAAACCUGUUACUAUCAAAUAUAUAACGGCAGGAUAAAUGUUUGGCGAAAUGGAAUUUUUAAUGCAAGUAAACUUUAAGUAUAACUAAAUCAAAGAAUAAUAAUACCAGAAUCCACUCUGUUUAUUCUGUUACUGAUUAAUCAGAACUUUAUAUGGUCAAAAAAGAAUAUUUUGAAAUUAUUUUAGAUAAGGCUCCAUCUAUUAAAAAUGCAUUGAUCUAAUAUCAUAAUAGAAAAAUCAUAAUUUUAUGA